AUGAAUAAUGUCCGUUAUAUCAGCGUAUCGGCAGAUUUAUCGAAUCGAGGAUUUAACGAACUUUUAUUAACAUGGAAGUACACUAAAACAGGUUUGCUGGAGCAUCUCAACUUUAACUGGCGGUUCGGUGUUGACAUUGACAAAGAGGAAAUUUUGAGCGGAUUGGAUGCGAAGAAGAUUGAAGAAGAACGAGUUUAUAAUAAGAAGUUCCAGUUCUGGAACAAUGAACCGACUGAAGUGGUUAUCAAUGGAGGUUUUGAUAUUGAAAGAAUCGAUGGAACCAUCGGAACUGUACUCUUUCAUACUAAUCAAUUGAACCAACAACGUUCCAAAAUUGACUUUUUCGUUUGGCCAAGAGUUGUUGUGUAA